GUAAACCGUGCUCCGUUACGAUCGCAAUUAUCAUUUUUCUCCUACGACAGUUUUCUGCUAUAGUAUUCUUGCAUGCACACGUCCGAAGAUAUAUCAUGCGCAAAUUAAAACUUCGACGUUGGAACACGUCCUCGACAUUCCCAUAUUUUGUCAUUGAAGUAUGUUGUCAGUGACAACAGUUGUAGACAAAUUGUUCAUUACUCUCUUUUAUUUCUUAAUUCAAUGGUCCCUAUCGUCAUCAUUUGUUUGUUAAUUUAUCCUGUAUAUGUAGUUUCAAUUGUUCUGAUAAAUAUUCAUCUGUGAAGCUAUCACUGUAAUAUAAAACAGUUUAUGUAUAUAGAACAUUUCAUGUCGAGCAUUCUAUCUCGAGUGUCUGAUUCCCUUAGAAAUCCUAUGCUAUUCUCUAUUCGAACAGAUCUUCUGAACAUCUUUGUAACGAGAAAUAAUCAAUUCUUUUUACAAUGCCUCCCCGACUAGGUAUAGGAAACCAUUGCAAACUCUUCAUUCUAAACUCCCCUGUCGUAUCACGCUUUAGUGAUUUUAUUGUGAUCCCCCUUAUCCAUGGAGUGUCUAAUAUAUUUGGUAGCUUUUAAUUAAAAUCAGCUUAUUAAUUACAUCAAUGAAUUUCUUGAGUCAUAAGAAAAGAAACACCCCUGGCACUCGACUAUUCAUAAAAUCUUUAGUCCACUUUUCCAUGUACAAAUUGCAUGAUUUUACACAAAGUAUUAACUCCAGAGAGAUUAAGGACAAAAAAUAUGGUAAAAGAACAGAGCAAAUGCAAUAUAGGAUAAUAGAUAAGGUGUGUAGAACAGUCCCAAGCAUCAGCCAUGCGUAACAGAGGCCAGGUGCUCCUACACACACAUACACACACGAACACACAGGAUGUUUUCCACUGUAAUUUUCUUUUGUGCCAAAUGAUGCAGUCCUUUCUGACCCUUCCCUCCAGAAACGGACAGGUAGCAGUGGUAGUGAGAUCGUGGGAGCAGAGAGAGGUGAAGGAGUGAUUGCCAUGACUACGACAGGAGCCCAGUAUGCCCUCGCAGCAUCCACCAGAGCUAAUAAUAGUGGGGGUAACUCUGCAACAGUGGGGGUGGAACCUAAGCCAAGCGUCGUUGUCGUGACUACUUCCAGUUCGAGUGGCAGUGGUAGUGCAGCACAGAGUCAGUCGACAAGGGGUCAGCAACUUAUCACUGUUGUUACUAGCCCUGAUCCUUCCAGUCCGAACAAUCUGCAACCUAUUCAGUUAUUGGUUCAGGAUCCGCUUGAAACAGCUGCAGAUUCUUCCAAUGGCUCAACAGGUACCCCAGCACAUGUUACAGCGCAAGUUGUAGUGAACACAACCCAUUCGGGACAACACACUCUUGUUGAUUCCGACGCUGCAUCCACGUCGGCGGGUACGAUCGUCAGCAGCUCUCCACACUUCAUUACCGUUACAGGCACCAGUGAUUCACCAUCCUACGCAUCCCUCACAACGGCAGUAGUAUCGGGUGAACCAGAGGCAGUGGGGUCAGAGUCAGUAUCUCAUCCUACCUAUGUUCAAUACGUUGAGGGUGAUGGUUCUACGUAUAUACCAACAAAUGGUCAGAUGACAUAUCCUGUAUACGCUGUCGGGGAAGCAGGAGCAAUGUACACUCCUGCUUCGAGCCAAUACUAUACACCAGCCUCCACACCGGUGACAUAUGCACAGGUCACUGGACAAGGUUCGAAUUCGACAGCUGGGCAAUUAUUAUCACAAGGCAAUGGAACGUACUUGAUCCAACAAAGCGUCGUAGAUGGUGAUCCAACCGCGCACGCGUUAAUAUCUGCAGCUGCUGCACGUGCCAGUCCACAGACGGAAAAUGCGGAAACUGUGGUUAGCGGGGGUGGAGGGGCAUACUUGAUCAGCGGUAAUUCAGCAGGAGGUACUACAGUCACCGUGGAAGAUGCUGCAACGGCUGCAGCAAACAUGACGCAUGCUACUAGAGUUUCUCAAGCAACAGUUCACUGGCUGCUUGAAAAUUAUGAAACAGCAGAUGGUGUCUCUCUUCCAAGAUCCACGCUUUAUAAUCAUUACCUACGCCAUUGUUCUGAAAAUAAAUUGGAUCCUGUAAACGCAGCAAGCUUUGGAAAAUUAAUUCGUUCUGUCUUUUUGGGCCUGAGGACCAGACGAUUGGGCACCAGAGGAAAUUCAAAGUACCAUUACUAUGGGAUUCGUGUGAAGCCUAAUUCUCCUUUGGUAAUGUUGAACGAAGAUGGAACACCGCGCCAACAACAAAGUGCAAACUCUCAAACAAAACGAUUUAAAUUUGUAAAUCAAAAGCAGGAUACCACGUACGAGAAUAACACACAUUCGAACACGAAUAUUUCUUCGAACACCUCGCCGCCGCAGUUCCAUCAGUACCUUGGCGAAGCGAGUGGCGCGAUUCCAGAGUUUCCCGAAAUAAUAGUUAGCCAUGGCUCCUCUCUUCCUGAGGAUUGCACCUUAGAGGACAUCGACACCUUCCGAAGUAUAUACAGGGAACAUUGUGAAGCAUUUCUGGAUGCUGUUCUCAAUUUUGAAUUUGCCACUGUGGAGAGUCUUUGGAGAGAAUUUUGGCGUAGUCAGGACAAUAAUAACGGGGAUGAAUGCGAGGAAGAGAAAUAUUUAUCAAAAACGAAACUGUACCAGAUAUGUAAGUGUUCGGAAGUUCAAGACUUCAUUCGAAAAGUUGACUACACGUUUUAUCAGAACUUGGUUGAAGUGUUAAUGCCUAACGUAUUGCGACCUAUACCGAGCUCGCUAACACAAUCCAUUCGAAACUUUGCAAAGGGGCUAGAGUCAUGGUUAACAUCAGCAAUGGCCGAUUGUCCAGAAGAAAUGACUCAGAUAAAGUUGACAGCUGUAUCUGCAUUUGCUCAGACACUAAGGCGUUACACGUCUUUGAACCAUCUUGCUCAAGCAGCACGUGCAGUGCUUCAAAAUUCAAGCCAAAUCAAUCAGAUGUUGGCGGAUUUGAAUCGCGUUGAUUUUCAUAAUGUACAAGAACAGGCCUCCUGGGUUUGUCAAUGCGAUUAUCGGAUGGUGCAGCAAUUAGAGGCUGAUUUCAAAGUGACGUUACAACAACAAAACUCGUUAGAAGACUGGGCGAUUUGGUUGAAGAGCGUCGUUACGCAGGUUCUUAAGCCAUUCGAGGAGAAACCUACGUUUGCGAAAGCUGCACGUCAAUUUUUGCUCAAAUGGUCUUUCUACAGUUCCAUGGUGAUCCGUGAUCUCACUUUAAGAAGCGCUGCUAGUUUUGGGUCUUUCCACCUGAUACGAUUACUAUACGACGAGUACAUGUUCUAUUUGAUUGAACAUCAAGUGGCAAUUGCUACAGGGACAACUCCAAUAGCUGUAAUGGGGGAUAAGAGUCAAAAUUGUUCUUUGGUCAGUGCAUUUGGUGUGACUUCCAACGGAGAUACAUUGAACACAAACCAACCAAAGCGGAUGAAACUAAGCUAACUGCGUGCCUACAUGCCUUAGUUUGCAAGUAAGCCAGUAAGCCAGUAGCACUUGAAAAUGAAAUGUUAGCACAAGAGCAUGCAGGCCUACCGAUACACGCUAGUCCUAUAAAUUAUAAUUUUGUAUAAGACGAGAUCUUGUCGAACAAUGACUUAACAAAGAAGAUUUUUGCAUAAUGCCUAGGAUAUAUAAUAAAAUCUAGGUAAGUUUGUGUGAUAUAACAUGUACGAAUAUGUACCGCAGUCUUGUUAAGUACAAGCAAGUAUAUGAUUCGAGCGUAAGGUAUCGCUGGCACGAUGUUUAGUAUGUUAAUGUAUCUUCUAGUCGAGACAUUUUUUAAAAAUAUAUGGGACCAUGAAUAUGUCAUGUCCUUAUAGCAUACAAUAUCAAAAGCUUACUCGAUUUAGUUUUUUUUUUAUUUCUGUAACGUUCCGCGGUUACAUACAUAAUUUAGGUAUUUAUUUAUUUAUUUAUUUAUUUAUUUAUUUAUCUAUUUAUUUAUUUAUUUAUCUACAUUAGUAAAUCAAAUUUGACAACUCAUUUCAUUGUUUAAUGUAUUGUUCACCAUUGAAAUGUUUUAUUCCGGUAAUCUUAACGCGAGAGAGAAAACAAAGUCGAGUAGGCUUGAAAUAGUCAACAUCAGUUUAUGCAAGGAAAAAAAAAAGAUGCAUUCAUAUCGACGGAUUCUAUUUUGCACAAAUAUUUGAGUAACGUUUAAUGAAAUCCGCCCUGCCGACGGUAUUGUCAAAUAAUAAAAGAAUAUUCCUACUGGAGCAAAUGCGAAUUAGAAUUACUAUAAUUAUUAUAUACUUGUACGAGUUUUAGAUAUUUCUGACAUUCAUAUUUUUUAACAAGACUUAUUGAUUAUACAUCGAGCUACAUAAAGAGAAAAAAGAAAAGAAAACAAUUCUGUUGUAAGCCGUCUGUGUUACACUCCAUAUAUAUUCUUUCAGUAUUUUUAAACGAAUAGUACAAAACAGCACUGGAAAAGUAUGGGUGUAACGAUAUAUAAGUGUAAUCGUUUUAAUUUACUGAUAGAAUAUACGCUAUGGUUCUUGCAUCGUAAAAUGUACAUAUAUAAAAUAACGUGGCAGAUUAACGAAAGUGCACAGUUGUUGAAAUUUAAUGAAAGAGAGAAGAAACAAAAAGAAACUGCAAAUUGCAACGAUAGAAGGGAGGGUGUUUUCAAACAUGCUUCGCAUUUAAACAAUUUUCAUUAAUACAUUUACAGUAAAAGGGGUCUGUGUCAAUAUAUAUUUUAUAUUUGUAGAUUCUCGAGUAAUUCUCUUCGAUGUAAUAAAGUCCUAGGUCUAAAGGUGCAUUGUGAACUUAAA